GCAAUCAAAUUGGUAAACAAGGGCGAACUUUCUUUUCGCGUUCUGAUCACAAUUUUUUGCUUAAACAAGUUUUAAAAACUAAUUUCAUGUGAAAUUUUCAAAUUAUUUGGUUUUCUCCCAUUAAAAUGAUGCAUGUUGCACAAUGUAGCAGAGAACCAGCCCGUCCGAAUUCCCUCGAUGACUUUUGCCGGGUCUGUCUGCUGCGGAAGCCUUCGCUGCGCCCGCUGACGGGCCAGUCGUCCGGCGUCAUGAUCCCGGAGAUGCUGUACAAGCUCACCGGCACGAUGCUGAACGUGCAGGACCAGUUGCCGGCGGUCAUCUGCGAGCGCUGUCUCGUGAAGCUGGACCUGGCGUACAGCGUAACGGAGGAGUUCCGCCGGCAGGAGGAGCUGCUGCGUCAGUUUUUGUGGAAGGGAGGCUCGUUGGUGGGGCAACUGGUGGAGUACGGGUCGGGGGUGGAAUUGCGGCCGAAGUUGCACUCGGAAGAGGUCAUUAGGAGGUUGGUGGAAGAGAGUAGAACUGUGGAUGAGCCGAAGCCUACCAUCAAGCGAGAGCCGCUGGAUGUGGUCGACGACUUUGUCGAGCACCGCUCGGAGGAAGAUUCGAAUCUCAAUGACGGAAUGGCCGUGAAGGAGGAAUUACCCGAUAAGGAAGCUGAUGGGGCCACUUCUUUCGAGGUGAAAAUUCAUUCCUCGCCGAUGGAGUCCGAACAGGACGAUGGCGACAAGGAUUCAGAUUAUCGUCUGGGUGAAACUGAAACCCGGGAAGAUGGAUUUAUUCAAUCGCCGAUGGAGUCCGGCGCGGACGAUGAUGACUUUGAAGAGGAAGAUGACGAACGGGACGUUGAUUUUCAACCCAAUCGAUCGACAGUUUCUGUUACAAGUGUAGAAGAUGAGAUAUCCGAGGUUCUCGCGGAUGAUGCGACAAAGUGUCCGGAUUGCGGUAAAGAGUUCCCCACUCCGUUAUCGUUACGACGACACUACAGAAGGCACAUUGUCAGGAAGAAGGGAAUGUUUCGGUGCGAGAAUUGUAAUAAGAAUUUUGCCUCGAAAGCCGAUCUCAGACUACAUGAUGUGACUCACAUUAACAAGGCUAAAAAGAGCUCGCUUUAUGAGUGCAAAUAUUGUUGGAAGAUCUUUACACGUAAAUAUCGCUUGGGUUUGCAUCAGAAACGUCACGAGCAGGAGAACGAUGUGGCAAUCAAACCGAAGCUGGUCGAAGAGCUUAAAGCAACUCCACAGGAAACCGAAAGUGAACCAUCUGCUUCUGGCAGCAGUUCAAAGCAAAAAAUCUACGAAUGCAAGCAUUGUCAAAAGGUUUUCGCCUGGCAAUGUCGCCACAAACAACACGAAGAGCAGUGCGAAAAGCAGAGACCAUCUGAAACCCACCAACAGGAAGCUCCAACAACCGACCCAGCCUCCACCAUCGCUCAUCCGCCCUACUUCGAGUGCGCCCUCUGCCCGAAGAUCUUCCUCUCGGGAGCUCGCUUCCGGCACCACCUAAAAUUGCACGAAAAGAAGCAAGCCGACGAGGCGGCAAACCCCACCCCGGCAGCCCGCUUCCCGUGCCCCAAGUGCAAAUGCUCGUACGAGGAAGAGUGGAAGCUCGAGCUGCACCUGCAAAGGCACGCCACCGUCGAAAGUGGCAAGUAUCGGUGCAAAACGUGCGACCACGCGUUCGCCACACCGAUGGACCUGCGAAGGCACGAAAAGAAGCACGCCUCCCGGCCGGAGUGGCGAACCCCGCCGGAGGAAAUCCCCGCCCCGCUGAUGAUCGUCAAAAACGAGCGCAAGUUCUUCAAGUGUCGCAAGUGCGUCAAGAUAUUCGUCAACAAGUCCACCUACUUCUCGCACGCGCAGAUCCACGUGGCGAUCAAAACGGGCGCGUUCAAGUGUCCGCACUGUCCGAAGCGGUACGGCCAGCGGUGCCGGCUGCGGAUGCACCUGCGGGAAAAGCACGACGUGUACUUGCCGAAACAGGGGAGGGGAGGAGGAAGAAGAAGGGGAACCUUCCGAAGAGCAGGACGCGAUGUUUUCGACGGAGGAGAGUUAUGAAGUGCAUUUGCGGGAGCAUCAGAGCGAAGGUGGGGCGGAAGGGGGAUCCGGAGGGGAGCUGAAGCAAGAGUCACCUACCAGCGCAUCUGAUCAACACUCAAUCGCCAUCGAAGAAGUGAAGGUUCCUUGCAUCAAGCAAGAGCCAACAAUCGAUGAUGACAGCAGCCAAACGCAAGACAGCUUUACGCGGGUAAAGACCGAGUCCCCG